AUGUUAUGUGAAAUCUGUAAAACACAAUUUAAAUGCAUAAAUGGCGAGUUUAUUUGUGAAGAAGGACAUGUUUCACACACAAAAUUAGAAGUAGCAGAUGAUUUACAUUUCUCAAGUAGAAGUCAAAAAGAAAAAACAGAAAAAAAAUCUUCGAUUUUUUCUGAAUAUUCUUUUAAAUACAAAACACUUCUUGUUCACAACAUGUUAUUUAAUGAACUAAUUACAUAUUUAAAUUGUUCAUCAACCAAAUUUAUAGAUUACUAUAUGAAUUUCUUUGCAGGAAAUAGGGAUGUUAUUAGUUCACCAAUAAAAAUGAAUCUAGGAUACAUAUUUUUUCUAGGUUAUCUUACUAAAAGAUUUGAGCUAGAACGUAGCAGUAAUUUAUAUUUCUAUAGUCAAUAUGUUAUGGAAGUGGAAAAAUUUGACUAUAUUGGUAAAACUGUAAAAAUAAAAGGACUUCUUGACAUGAAAAAAAUAAGAAAUAAAAACCUAGGCAUUUAUAAAAAACCUAUUCAUUGGAUUAACAAAUAUAAAAUUACAGAUAUUUUAGGGACAUCUAAAUAUCCUGUAAAUAAACACCAUCGACAAAUAUAUAGAGAAACAUCUUUAUCACAUCCUCUUAUAGAAUACCACAAAAGUUUUUUUAGACAAGAAUUUGAUUGUUCAGAAAAUUUACUUUUAAAAUAUUUUUAUAAAGUAUUAGAAAUUUAUCAUAUAACACCACACGAAAAUUUAUUAAAAUAUUUUAAAAAAUUUCUGCUAUUAAGAAACCUUUCAAAUAAGAUGUUUUAUCCAGAGGAUGAAAUAUCAAUGUUUUUAUUUAUUUAUGAUCAUUAUGAAAAAUUAGAAAUAGAUAUUAAAAUAGCACUUAAAAAUAUUAAUUUAUUUCUAAAUAACACAAAUUAUAAUGAAAAUGAAGAAGUAGAUUUAGAUAAAGUUAAGUUUAUAGAUCUUAUUACCUUACUUACACACUCAUCUCAUUCACAAUUUUAUAAAAGAUUAAUUUCUGUUAUGAGCUGUAAAGAAUUUUUGGCUACAAAUAAUAUUUUUGUAGUUAAUAAAACAAAGAUACAAUACUAUAGAGAAUACAGAUGGAAAGCAUUCAGGAUUUAUAUAGACAGAAUAAAGCGAUUGUUAGCAGAUAAAAUAAAUUUUAAAAUAAAAAAAAAGUAUAUAGAAGAUGAUAGAAUAUAA